UCCUUUUCAGCUGAGCGUCAUCGUUGUAGGAUCUCUUCUCAAGUUUUCACCCCUUAACUCGCCGCCUGCUUCUCUCUCUGGUCAUUUGACGUGGACAUCGGCUGAAAGAAAGACUCAGGGUUUCUUAUUAUUAUCCGGACAAGUUUAACAAAAUGCCUGGACCAGCAGCAAGUGCAACCAAUGUUGCGGCCUCCAGUCGCUCCCCUAGUAAGACAGUGGCUCCCCGCGCAGCAGGCUCCACAGUCAGACAAAGGAAAGCUACUAGCAGUGGUACACGCAGUGGUGGCAGGACCACAGGAUCAGCUGGCACUGGUGGCAUGUGGCGCUUCUACACAGAAGACUCACCAGGCCUUAAAGUUGGGCCAGUGCCAGUGCUGGUAAUGAGUCUGCUCUUCAUCGCUUCAGUCUUCAUGCUGCACAUCUGGGGGAAGUACACCCGCUCCUAAAUCUCACCUCUGACCCUGUGACUCAGCUUCUUAACACAUUGGAACUGGACCAAACAAGAAUUGAACAAAAAAAAAACCCCUCAAGCUCAUAGUUCCAUUCACUAUUUUUGCAAUACACACAAACUGGAUUUUUAUGCAACCCUUUCACUACAUGAUCUUCGUCUGAGUCUGAUGUUGGUAACCACCUUAUUGUUCUUAGUCCACUCAUGUUUUGAACGAUCGAGGACUGGGAGGAAGCCAUGCUAGCCCACCUCAGAUGUGCCAUGAUGUGUUAGUGUGUGUGUGACCCUCCCUACAAGCAGCCGCAGCAGAUAAACUGCUGCAUGAAGGUUCAGUGCUGUGCUCAAAGACACUGUUAUUUUCAGGCCCCCAGCAUCAACAUUUCUCCCUGUAGCCUGGAUUACAUUUUUUGUUAACAGCAUUUGUACAAAAUAUUAUUGUAAUAUUGUACAAUAAAAAAAAGUAAAAUCAAUACAAUUGUGUUUGAAAUGUAACGUUUUUGUGAACCUCGUUUUGAUGUUGAAGAUGUUUUGUUUUUUGUGUCUUUUGGCACAAGGGAGCCAGUGUUCUCAUCUCUAAUUAUCUGUAAUCACUACUAGACUUUACUAUAAGCUGUGUAUUUUUCCAAAACUUUGUUUUGACAGAACUGCACUGGAGAUGGUUCUGCUCCGAGACCCACCAUGGGACAAUUUCAGAGCCAUUGACAGUUUAAGCAGUUGAGUUGAACAAAUAACUGUGUAACACUUUUUUUUUUUGCAGGACUUCACUCAACUUUUACUGUCGGUUUUCUUUUUCUUUAUUUCAAACUGAACUGGCAAGUUAAGUAACUUGUUUAUUCAGCAAUUAAUCAACUGCAGUAACAUAGUCUGUAUUGCUCCACAACUUAAGAAGAUUACACACACUGUACAGCACUAUAUAUGUAUGAGCUGAAAAGUCCAGACUUGCCUGUGUUGCUGCCGCUGCUUCUGCUUUAAACUAAAGUUUGACUGGAUAAAAGUGUUAA